UAAUUUAUUAUUUCGUUGCGCCGAUAUUAAAAUCUUAUGAGCUACGUAGACCCGGAAGCAAACAUGAGUGACGUCGACAGGCAGCAUGUUAAAAAAAGUCACAUGGAAGCUAACCCUUAAGGCAGAGGUGUCCUACACGUUUGGCUAUUUUUUUUUACUUAUUUACACCGGUAAACGCAAAGAAAAUGUCUACAGCCAAACAAAAGAUGCGGGAAAGGAAACUGAGGAACCAGCCGGCUAGUGUGCAGUAUUCGUCAACCUCUCAGACUGUAGAGAGCAGCUCACAAAACGGGGGAGAUGCUCCUGCCACUGCUGGAGAAAUCCAUGAUGGUGCUCCAUCAGAUAUUCAGAAAUCUACAGACAAGCAGAAGAGCCGUGGGCAGCAGGGUGGGUGGCACCGAGGACAUCAAAAAGAUGGAGGGGGGUAUGUCAGAGAAAUGCCCCAGCACAUCACAGGUGGUGCUUUUGCGAUGGCCAGAGCAGCAGAGGUGAAAGCCAUGUUAAAAGCCAUCUCCACCAGAACAGGCAGCUGCCAGUUGUUUGAAGCUCUGCCUCGACACAUGAGGAGACGCGCCAUGAGUCACAAUGUCAAGCGGCUUCCUCGCAGACUAAGAGAUUUUGCUAGCAGAUUGCGGGAGAAGAGCCUACAGGCUGGUUCAAAGAAAAAGAAGGAAAAGGCAAAAUGCAGAAGUCGCAAGGCCCGCCGCAGGCAUGGAAACCUUCUGCUUGAGUUCAACCGGCGACAGAGAAAGAACAUAUGGCUGGAGACGCACAUUUGGCACGCCAAGCGCUUUCAUAUGGUUAAAAAGUGGGGCUAUUGUCUUGGAGACAGACCCACAUUAAAAUGCUAUCGUCCGUGCUACAGAGCCAUGAGCACCCACUGUUUAUUGAUGGACCUCUCAUAUUAUUGCUGCAUUGAGUUACAGGGAGAGGAAGACAAACUUCUGGCUGCUUUAUCACAACUGACCAGCAAAGAAGCUGGUCCUACAUUUGCUGCAGCUCUGUGUUUAUCAGGGUUAAGACAGGGCAGUGUGGUGGUGUACAGAGCAGGAGGUUUCCCUGCUCAGGCCCUGGGCCCUGUCACCUUUCUGUGGAGACCCCGUACACAGGGCUUAACACACAGACAGCUCUGGAUUUGGGCUCAUCCUACUAUGAAACAGGAUCUUCUUCCUGAGUUACAGAUUGUCUGCCAGUGUUCUGAAGCUGUUGUCCCACCUGCUGUGCCUGUGAUUACACCUGUAGAUGUUCCUUAUACUGCAGAGCCACAACAUGAACCUGCAAAAUCCCCCAAAGCUGUAAAGACCCAGGGAACCAAGAGGAAAUGUAGUUCCAAGGAUCCUAGUGAACCUCCUGCCAAAAAGAUUGUGGGAGAUGGAACCAGACCUCCUGGAACUCCCGUCACAUGGAGAUCCUGCUCAACUGGAAUUGUGAUAAAUGAUCUCACUAUGGAGAUGGUUCGCUAUCGCCUCAUUGGACCACAGUCCCAUUCUGUUCUUACUGAAACCCUGGAAGCUGCUACAGACUGCGAUGCAUCAGUAAAGCUCCAGCCAUCCUCUCUGUGGUGGCCUGAACACUGCAAAGACGAUGACAAGAUGGGUCUACAUCGACAGCAAGCUGAUGUCUUUAAAACCCUAAAAGACCUUUAUUCAACUGGAGAGGUACCAGCUGGGAUUGUGCUGGGUCUGACUGUAGAUGACCCACGGCUGACUAUACCACAAAAGAAGGUUAAAGCUUUGACCUGUGUAAAACAGAUACAAGAGGAGGAUGAGCAGAAGAGGAGAGAACUGAUGCUGCGGGGAGUACCACAACACUGUUGUCAGAGCCUCCUGUGGGAGCAGUCUGUACGAGACAAUGUAACUGAAAACAAAAUCUCAGAGCAGGAGUUAAACCGUAUGAAGAGUGAUGUCCUGGUGCCAGGCUCCAGGCUGAGUCCCAUUCCCCCGCAAAGCCGGAUUCCCAUCCUGCUGCUUCACCAGCCUGGUAAACAGGUGGGACAUGAGAUGAGCUCCUGGGGGGCUGGAUGGGACCUGCUGCUCCCUAAAGCCUGGGGUAUGGCCUUCUGGGUCCCUCUGGUCUACAGAGGAGUCCUGAUUGGUGGGCUGAACAUGAGCCUGAAACACUCUCAGAAUAAAGGUAGCCCUCACUUCCCCCAUGACUACCCAGACUGUCCGGCAGGAGCUCGUUUUCAGGAGCAGCAGGAGAUUGAGCUUCUUAACAAGUUUAAAAGACGACCGCCCGCCAAAAGGAUCAAUUACAUCAAGCAGGGGUGCCUGGCACCGUUCCGUUGCCCGUGGCAACAGCUGGCCGAGGAGUGGGAGCUCAUCACAAGGGAAGGAAGAGAGGAAAGGAAAAGAGACGACCAGAGUGGAACCACAACGCACUCAGACACAGCUGUGGAAGAAAAGACAACACAUAUAAACAUCAGUGAAACCAAACCACCGAGCUGCUUCACUGUUCUGAGGAACAGGAAGUCUCUCAAGCUUCUCUCUGGUUGGUGUAAACCCACUACGUCCAAAGGUCAGAGGUUGUGCCGCAUCAACCAAGCGCCACCUCUGGACCAUACAGCUGCACGAUCGUUCCUCACACCGAACGAGAUGAGUCUGGCCUGGGUGCGCUUUUCCUUGCUUUUCAAAGGUAAUCCUGAACUCCAUGCCAUGGUCUGUGUGCCCCUGGCGGAGGAUCUGAAACUGCUGAGGAACAAAUCCGAUAUCAACUGCCCCCAGGAGCCAGUGCACAAAAACCACUUCAAAACUAGAACCAAGAACAAAAAGAAGGGCUCUAAAAAAACACCUGCAUCGUCCUUGUCCUCUGACAAGACUGUGGAGAAGGAGUCGGAACUUCCCUCCACCUCUGAACCGAACCUCUCUGCUGCUGAAGACCCACCGACGUCCUCUGACCUUGUCUUUGGACUGUGGCCUGACCCCCUGCCGAGCAUCACCUCUCACUGCUCCAGGGUGACUCUAGGCUGGGUCACACAGGGUGACUUCUCCCUGUCCGCAGGCGGUGGGGAAGCUCUGGGCUUUGUCAGUGUGACAGCUCUGGUUCACACCCUCCUCAGUCAGCCCUCAGAACACAGAGGAUUGGUGCUGCUGCGAAACCCCUCAUCCCUGCAUUACCACUUUGCAAAAAUUAACAUAGAGGUUUGAGUAAAGCAUAUGAUGUUGAACAGCAUCAAAUGAUUCAAAUGGUAAUUACAGAAAGAAAUUGAAUCGUGUGUUAAUGUUACUGCUUAUGUGCAAUUAUUUUUGCCAUAUGCUCCAUUACCAGAUCUCUGUGCCUUGUAAUUGCUUUUAGUGAAAUGUGCCAUGGUCUACAUGACAGUGUUGGCUGGAAACCUAAUGAUGUGUCAGAGGAACAACUACCAUCUACCAGGUGUCAGAAUUGGAAAGAAUUUUUAGUUUUGUAUAUUAUACUCUGGCUAUUUUGAACUGAAUAAGACUUUUUUCACUUUUACUUUUUAAUUUGAAAACCAGAGGAUUGUUCUCCUUAUUUUCAAUCUUAUGUCACAGGGCUGGUAAUAAUUUAUAGCUUGUUGUGCUUCCCUUUUCUAUACAGGCCCAAAUAUGCUAAGACUAUUUAUGUUAGUGGAGUAAUUAAGUCAACAACUGGGUCUGAGUUUCAGAAAUGUCAGUUUAACAAUGGCGCAACCCUAAAACGGUUUUGUUUGAACACAAGUGAAUAAAGCCCCGCACUUGACAG